AUGGGACUCUCGCGCCUCACUGCGAGUCGGCCUCUUCUGGGCGUGCUAGUGGAGAGGUGGUGGGACACCAUCGAUUCCUUCCACCUCUCGACAGCAGGGGAGAUGACGAUGACUCCCUUCGACUUCUCCAUGCUCACUAGCAUCGGAGUAGGGGAUGAUUCGAUCCCUUUCGACACCGACAUGGGCGAGUGGGAUGCUGCCCAGAUCUUCAUGCUCGGCACUCGCCCACCUCUCUCCCGGCCAGGGUUCGUGAGAUAUUCGUGGUUCGAGGACCAGUUCAGGGGACAAACGCCGAUGACUCGGGAGGAGGUCGAGCAUUACACCCAAGGGUUCCUUAUGUUCAUGUUGGGCACUACUCUCUUCGCCGACCAGGCGAACACCGUUGGCCUCUACCUAUUGAACGCACUGGUGGACGUGACUCGCAUCCGGCGCUAUGACUGGGGCGGGGCAGACCUUGCCACAUUGUACGGAUAUAUGAGUUCCUCAUCUUGCCGGAGUGGACACCUGCUAGGAGGCUACUGGCGAGCCUGGGAGUUGUGGGUAUAUGCUUACUUCCCGAGGCUUGCUCCAGAGCUGGAGGUUGAGAUGGCCCCCGUGGUUACGUCUUCUUAUAGGUAUGAUGUGAGAUCACCUGGCAGCCCUGGGUAG